CACAAACUAAUCACCAUGGCGGCCUCCAGCCCCCCCACCCCACUGCUCCUCACCCUCCUCCUCCUACCCGCGCUCGCCGCCGCGGCCUCGCUCCCGGCGCUUCCGCUGUCUACGGCUUCGCGGUGGUUGGUGGGCGCGGACGGGCGGCGCGUGAAGCUGGCGUGCGCGAACUGGGCGUCGCACCUGGAGCCGGCGGCCGCGGAGGGCCUGUCGCGGCGCGGCGUCGAGGGCAUCGCGGGGCGCGUGGCCGCCAUGGGGUUCAACUGCGUCAGGCUCACCUGGCCUACCUACCUCGCCACCAACGCCACGCUCGCGUCGCUGCCGUUUCGGUGGUCGCUGGAGCGGCUCGGCAUGCGGGAAUCCGUCGCCGGCGUGCGGGUCAACAACCCCGCCCUCCUCGACCUGCCCCUCAUCGAUGUGUUCCGGGAAGUGGUCUCAGCUUUGGGCAGCAAAAGUAUUAUGGUCAUACUUGAUAACCAAAUGACCACUCCGGGAUGGUGCUGCAGCAGAACUGACGGCAAUGGCUUCUUUGGAGACAAGUAUUUCGACCCUGACGAAUGGUUGAAAGGGCUCAAUGCAAUGGCAACUAUUUUUAACGACACAAAAAAUGUUGUGGGCAUGAGCUUGCGGAAUGAGCUUCGAGGGCCCAAUCAAAAUAUUAGUUUGUGGUACAGGUACAUGCAACUAGGUGCUGAAGCUGUGCAUGCAGCAAACCCUAAUGUCCUGGUUAUUUUAUCAGGCCUGGAUUUUGACAACACUCUCAGCUUCUUGCACUCUAAAAAACCUGAGUUACGAUUUACUGGGAAGUUAGUUUUUGAGCAACAUUGGUAUGGUUUCUCAGAUGGCGGCCAUUGGGAAAUUCUGAAUCAAAACGAUGCUUGUAGGAUGGUUGUUGAUUCCAUAUGGGCUAAAGGAUUAUUCCUACUUCAACAAGGCUGGCCAUUAUUUUUCUCUGAGUUUGGGUUUGAUAUGUCUGGCACGCAUAUUGGUGACAAUCGCUAUCUUACUUGCUUUUUAAGUGUGGCAGCCGAAAUGGAUCUGGACUGGGCAAUUUGGGCUCUGCAAGGGAGUUACUAUAUCAGAGAAGGUAUUUUGGCUUAUGAUGAAUCAUAUGGAUUGCUGUCAUGGGACUGGUGUACAGCUAGAAAUCCCAGCUUCAUUAAAAGGAUCAAUUCCCUACAAUCACCAUUUCAAGGUCCUGGUCUCCCAAACAGUAGAGAGCCAUACAACUUAAUAUUCCACCCCCAAACUGGGCUGUGUGUCUUGGCAACGUCUUCAAAGUCACUCGAGCUUGGUCCAUGCGACAGAUCAAAUGCCUGGAAUUACACCUCAGCAUACGAGCUAGUGGUGAAAAGCACAGGACAAUGCCUCCAGGCGAAGUCUGUGGGCGAGAAUGCAAAGCUUGGCACUGAUUGCAGCAAACCCAGUUCAAAGUGGCAGCUGAUAUCAAAUUCGAGGAUGCACGUCUCAGCUGAGCUCACCAAAAAUGGAACCAGGGUGUGCUUGGAUGCCGGCCCUGACGGUGCCAUCAUCACAAAUCAGUGCAAGUGCCUAAUCAUCGAUCCAGCCUGUAACCCUGAGAGCCAGUGGUUCAAAGUGAUUUUAAGCAGCAGGGAUACGCCUGGAGGCUCUUCCAUCUUGCAGUUGCCGUCAGUUGGACCUUGGCCUCCAACAUCACUUAGUUAUUGACAGUUUGAGAGCAGCUCAUGUUCAUUUACUGUGGUCAAGGAGGAAUACGACUGAGAAUUGCGUCAAAAUUCAGCAAAGUUGUUCAAGCCCGUUGGAUCACUGUGUCGCACUGCAAUCUGGAAUAGAAUGUACAAUAUGCAUGCUCAAAGUUCAUUCAAGUCUUACCCAAGAAAAGGUGAAGAGAUGAAGCGGAGAUUGUUAACUGUGCCAUUGGUGUUAUGGAGUAUCGUCGUUUGGAGCUCUUGCAUUUACCGAGAUAAAUCUCGUUUGUACAAAAACACAGUAAAUAAAUAAGUUCAUCGAUAUUUACCGAGACAUAACGAUUGCAUUUGCCUUCGGUUUUCGAUAAACCAGAAGGUAACCAUGGUGCGAAGUGUGAGCAUGAAUCAGCUUUAGAACA